CUUUUGACGACCAGCGUGACGGAUUACGACAGUAAGAAAAUGGCGGAGGAGGAGCGGAGUGCUGAAGCUGAGAAACUCAAGGAGAAGGCAAAUAAUUACUUUAAAGAAAAAGACUACGAGAAUGCAAUCAAGUAUUACACGGAGGCGCUGGAGCUGAAUCCGUCCAAUGCCAUUUACUAUAGUAACCGGAGCCUGGCGUACCUGCGCACCGAGUGCUAUGGCUAUGCCCUGGCAGAUGCCACCCGUGCCCUGGAGAUCGACAAGAACUACAUCAAGGGCUAUUACCGGCGUGCCACUUCUAACAUGGCACUGGGCAAAUUCAAGGCUGCGCUUAAAGAUUAUGAGACGGUAGUGAGGGUGCGACCCAACGAUAAGGACGCCAAGAUGAAAUAUCAAGAGUGCAACAAGAUCGUAAAGCAGAAGGCCUUCGAGAGAGCCAUCGCUAGUGAUGAACUGAAGCGAUCAGUAGUGGAUUCAUUAGACAUCGAGAACAUGACAAUUGAGGAUGAGUAUGUCGGCCCUAAACUGGAAGAUGGUAAGGUCACGCUGAAGUUCAUGCAGGAGCUGAUGGAGUGGUUUAAGGACCAGAAGAAACUGCACAGGAAGUGUGCUUACCAGAUCCUGGUGCAAGUAAAAGAUGUUUUAUCCAAAUUACCCAGUCUUGUUGAAAUUACGUUAAAAGAGACAGAGAAAAUAACUAUUUGUGGGGACACGCACGGCCAAUACUAUGACCUCCUUAACAUUUUUGAACUGAACGGCUUACCAUCUCCGACCAGUCCAUAUCUGUUCAACGGUGACUUUGUGGACCGUGGUUCUUUCUCAGUGGAGGUCAUUCUCACGCUCUUCGGCUUCAAGCUCCUUUACCCAGACCACUUCCACCUACUCAGAGGUAAUCACGAAACAGACAACAUGAAUCAGAUGUACGGCUUCGAAGGUGAGGUCAAAGCCAAGUACACGGCGCAGAUGUUCCAGCUGUUCAGUGAGGUCUUUCAGUGGCUUCCCCUCGCACAGUGCAUCAACAACAAAGUGCUGGUAAUGCACGGAGGACUGUUUAGUGAAGAUGGCGUGACCUUAGAUGACCUUCGAAAGAUUGAAAGAAACAGACAGCCUCCAGAUUCAGGUGCAAUGUGCGAUCUCCUGUGGUCGGAUCCUCAGCCGCAGAACGGUCGGUCUAUCAGUAAGCGUGGCGUGAGCUGUCAGUUCGGGCCCGACGUAACGGAACGUUUCCUAGAACAGAACAAGCUGCAGUACAUCGUGCGCAGUCACGAGGUGAAGGCUGAGGGCUAUGAGGUCACUCACUCAGGGAAGUGCAUCACGGUGUUCUCCGCACCCAAUUACUGUGACCAGAUGGGUAACAAGGGAGCCUACAUUCACCUCAGGGGAUCUGACCUCAAGCCUGAAUUCCACCAGUUCACUGCUGUGCCUCAUCCAAAUGUUAAACCCAUGGCAUAUGCCAACUCGCUGUUGCAGAUGGGAAUGAUGUAGAGGCUCCAGUCAUCUCUUAGCAGCUGUUACUCUCUCAAGUCCACAUCAGUCCCUUCAGACACAUCACACUUGUCAUUCCCUUUUUUUCUCCACAAGCCAUUGGUCUUCAAACGCACACAAGCACUCAGUGAUCAGGUGCUUCUUGGUUUAGCCGGGAAACGAACUCUUGAGUGCGCCUAGCGUAAAAAAAAAAAAAAAACACAAGACCUCUCUCUAUUUUUCCCUCCAUUUUUUUCAUAGGUGUAAAUCUGUUAGGAUUUUAAUCCAGUGUUAGCAGCUGAUUUCUGAGCUAUAAAACACAAAAUGCUGGAUUGUACCAAAGACCUGGGGUCAGGCGUAGCAAACGGCUUGGAGCAAGAUGGCUGAGGGUAUAUUUUGGUUUUCACCCCGCCAUUAGAAAGAAAAUCAACGAGCCGCUUGAUGCAUUAAGAUCCUAAAUUAGGAAACAGAAUAUAAAAAGUCAUCCUGUGAAAUCAAGUCUUCAUUCAUCAUUUUUUUUUUUUUCUUUUUAUUUGGGAGGGACAACAAUGUGUGUUUCUGUGAUUCUGUAGCAGUAAAAUCACCCUGUGCUACUUAGCUUUUUGUAAUCAACUGCCUUCAUGUGUAGGUUUCUCUCUUUCGGUAUUGUAGAUUGAGCUGGGUUCAUUUGUACUCGAGCUUUCGUCUAUCGUAUAAAUGAGAUCAAUGAGGCGACUGUAAAUCAUGCACCACUCACACUAAAGUCUACUCCCUGUAGUAAUAUGUGUAACUCGACGCAUAUUCUUCAGUAUUGUGAAGCUCCUCCACUGUCACUUGUACUCUGAUCUUUUGGCAGCAGCACCAACACGUGUUUUCGUCCUCCCAGCUCCCUCGACUGAAGUGCACUGGAGAUAGCUGUAGUCCCACAUCUACUUUCCCACCCCAUUGUACGAUUGUUUAGCUGAAUCCACCCCCCUCUCCCGCCAGUGUGGAUUUGUGACAGAACAUGACUGAUGUUUAGAAAUCUUAAAACGCACAGCAGCCAUAUCCCAUGCCCUUGACUUUUUAGAUGGUUAUAUACACAAAUGUGUAUGUAUAUACAGUAUAUACUGUAACAAUAAGAAAAAAAUCCGUGUACAUGUUUGGAAAAAAAUAUUGAAUAAAAAAAAAAAAAAAAAGAUC